UCGAUUGACGAGUUUGAGAUCAUCAAGCCUAUCAGCCGUGGUGCCUUUGGUCGUGUGUACUUGGCGCGCAAGCUGGCUACAGGGGACCUCUUCGCCAUUAAGGUGAUGAAAAAGCGAGACCUGAUUCGCAAAAACAUGGUGGAAUCGGUCACCAACGAGCGGAACAUCCUGGCGAUGGCACAGAAUCCCUUUGUGGUGCGCUUUUACUAUUCGUUCACGUCGCGAGAAAAUCUCUACAUAGUGAUGGAAUACAUCAACGGUGGCGACUGUUUCAGCUUGUUGCGGAAGUUCGGCGCUCUGGACGAGGAGGUGGCCCGCCAGUACAUUGCGGAAACAGUGCUUGCACUCGAGUACUGCCACGCGCAGGGAAUCAUUCAUCGUGACCUCAAGCCGGACAACUUGCUCAUUAAUGCACAGGGCCACGUCAAGCUGACGGACUUCGGGUUAAGCUGCGUGGGCGUGAUUGACAGGACGGACAACUUGAACGUUGGCACCCCAGAUUACCUGGCUCCGGAGCUGCUGCUGGGCACGGGGCAUGGGCCAGAGGUGGACUGGUGGGCCCUGGGCACCAUUCUGUACGAGUUCGUCACAGGCACGCCACCCUUCAACGCCGAUACGCCGGAGGAGAUUUUUGAUAACAUCCUUGACCGCCGCAUCACGUGGCCAGACGAGGACGACAUGUCGGCCGAGUGCCGGGAUCUCAUCGACAAGCUUCUGCACCCCAAUCCGCUCAAGCGCCUAGGUCACAGGUGCGGCGUAGGCGCUGGCGAGGUGAAGCUGCAUACUUGGUUUGAGGGCCUGGAUUGGACGGGCCUUGUGCGCAACAAGGCCGCGUUCAUACCUACCGUCGAGGACGAGACGGACACGUCCUAUUUCGAGUCG